AUUUAAGGGGAAACAAAAACCUAAAGAAAUACUUUUUAGCAUUUUAAUUUUUCUUGCACUCACUAAUCAAUGUGAAUUUGUAUCUCAUCGAGAUGUGUUGUGUUCGCGCAUGUUAAAGACCGAAUCGUUGUAGUCGCUUUACUAGUGUGUCUGUCAGUCAUUCCCGUGGAAGUGUUGUUUUUUUGUGAAUAUAGACAAAAUGAUAUACAAUUAAAUACACAAAAACUAAAAUAAAACAAAAGCAAAAAAUUAAAAAAAAAAAAAAAAAACAAAUCCCCCAUUGAAUAAUAAAAAUAUAAGUACGUGUGUGUGCAUCAUCAACAUUAUUUUUCUAAACUCACAAUUAAAGUGCAAAAAAGUAAAAAAUCAUCUGGUGGAAGUGUUCUUCUUUUUUCCUCUUCUAUUUUUUUGUCUAUAGAUGCAAAAUUUUCUUUUAUUUUUCUUAAAGUUUAAAGAUUGAUGUGAUAUGGUUGCAAAAUUAUUAUGAAAAAUAUUAUUAAUAGAAUAAAAAUACAAUACAAGUGAAAAGAAAAAUUAAAAGUGCUGUUGUUGUAUAUACAUAUACAUUAUAAAUAUAAAGAAAAUUUAAUAAAUAAAUAUUAAAUGUAUUAUACAUACCCUCUAGGGCAAAAACGAAAUAAAAAACAACAAAAAAUUCGUAAUAAUUCAAAUAUCAGUAAAGGAAAAAAAUUAAUAUAGAUAAUCUUGGUAUUAAAAAAAUCUUCAAUAAACAACAAGCUGUAUUGUUGAUCUAACAACUAAUUUACAAUUGAGGCGAUAAGCUGCAGACCCCACUAAAUAAAUAUUUUUUGUGCAUACAGUUUGUAUAUACAUAUUCAUGUCCGAAAUCUCUCAAUCCUCUCUUUAGGCGGCAACAGUGUUGCAAAUUUGUGGUGGAAUUGUUUGCACUAGUUUUUAAUAAACUUAAACUGUUUAUUUAACUACAGUAUUCACUUAAACCAGAUAUUUUCAGCGGUGCUAUUAAAUAUGAGCAAUAAAAUGAUCUCACAUAAUUAAAAUUUGCUUCCAUGAAAAUUUCGUAUUCCAAGGAAACGCCGACGACAACAAAAGUAACAACUAGAAAAAUAGACAAAAGUAAAAAGUAUCUAUCUACAACAUCAUCACUACAAGAGAAACUUAAAGACAUAAAAAGGCAAAACGAUUAAUGCAUUUCAAUUGUUUUGCAAUAAACACGCGUUUUGGUUUCAUUCAUAUUCGGGGCAACACUUUGUUCUUUCCGGCCGUAAUGAGAUGGAAACUGUGAUGAUGUGCAACACAGCAGUAAAAUAGUUUCGUAAUGUAGUUUUCUUAACUAGAAAAUAUUCCAAAAGUAAAACUACGUCAACAGCAAAAAAAAAAAAAAUCAAUAAAAAACUAUUUUUAUUUUAUAAAUUAGCGAUUACAAGAAUUGCAAAAGAUUGGAAUACAUUUUUAAAAAUACACAAUGUUAUCCUCUGGCACUUAUGUAUCCUCGGGACCCAUAGAGGUUUCCCAAGCUAUGCAGGAUGGCGAAAAAUUUAUCAAAUGGGACGAUGACUCUUGCAUGGGCGUGCCAGUAACUAUGCGAGUGGAUCCUUGUGGUUUCUUUUUACUAUGGGUUGAUCAAAAUAAUGAAAUGGAUAUAUUGGAUAUAUCCACAAUUAGAGAUGUACGAACUGGACAAUAUGCCAAAAAACCAAAGGAUCCCAAACUAAGUCAAAUUGUAACAUUGGGUUCACAGGAUACACUGGAAGAGAAAACUGUAACCAUUUGUCAUGGUGCAGAUUUUGUUAACUUGACAUUUGUAAAUUUUUGCUGUACGAAAAAAGAAAUUGCUCAGCACUGGUGUGAUGGUUUAAUGAGGCUGGCAUACAGUUUAAUGCAGUUGAAUGGCUCGGUAAAUAUGUUUUUGAAAAAGGCCCAUACAAAGCUGUGUCUUCAAACUGACAAAAGCGACAAGAUACCAGUUAAAAACAUAGUUAAAAUGUUUGCUCAAAAUAAAGAUGAUCGCAAGCGUGUGGAAAAGGCAUUAGAGAAUACAGGUAUACCCUCGGGCAAACUGGAAUCGGUGCCAAUUUCAAAAUUUACGUUUGAGGAAUUUUAUAAUUUAUAUAAAAAUCUAACGCAACGCAGUGAGGUGGAAAAAGUAUUUGACAACAUAGUGGGCAAUACAAAACGCAAAUAUAUGACCACCAACCAGUUUAUGGACUUUUUGAACAACACACAGCGUGAUCCAAGACUAAAUGAGAUUUUAUAUCCUUAUGCCGAUACGGAACGAGCCAAAGAAAUCAUAAAACAAUAUGAACCUAAUCAAUUCAAUAUACAAAAAGGGUUAUUGAGUUUGGAUGGCUUUUUAAGAUACUUGAUGUCAGACGAUAAUCCAAUAAUGGCGGCAAAUAAAUGGGAUCUAAAUGAUGAUAUGAAUCAACCUCUAUCACAUUAUUUUAUAAAUUCUUCCCAUAACACUUACUUAACGGGCCAUCAGUUAACCGGUAAAUCAUCGGUUGAAAUUUAUCGUCAGUGUUUAUUGGCUGGUUGCAGAUGUGUGGAGUUGGAUUUUUGGAAUGGUCGUACUGACGAACCGGUUAUUGUGCAUGGUUACACAUUUGUUCCUGAAAUAUUUGCCAAGGAUGUUUUGGAAGCCAUAGCGGAGAGUGCUUUUAAAACAUCAGAAUUUCCUGUGAUAUUAAGUUUUGAAAAUCACUGUAAUCCCAGGCAACAGGCUAAAAUUGCUAAUUACUGUCGUGAGAUAUUUGGUGAUAUGUUGCUAGAUAAACCCUUAGAUUCUCACCCACUUGAACCCAAUGUUGAUCUACCACCACCAUCAUUUCUCAGACGUAAAAUUAUCAUUAAGAAUAAGAAGAAACAUCAUCACCAUCACCACCAUCAUCAUCAUCACCACAAGAAAAGUACGAGUGGUUCGACAUCCAAUAACAAACAACUGAUCUCAGCCAAUUCAGUGGAUGCCACUAAUAAAGCUGCAUCAAUUACACCCUCAUCAUUAAAUAUGCAACCACAGGUUUCAAUACAAGAAGAUGGCAAUACAACUGCAACUACAAAUGGAGAUAUUGGCAAUGGCAGUAAUCAUGCACCACCAUUGCAGCAAUUACGACAAAGUUCAAAAGACAGUACGGGUUCUUCAGAUACCGACAGCUCAAGCGAUGAUGAAUCUCUACCUAAUACUACUCCAAUUUUACCUAGUGGUAAUGAACCGCCACCAGAAAAGGCCCAAAAGGAAACAGAAGCUGGAGCCGAAAUUUCAGCUUUAGUUAAUUAUGUGCAGCCCAUACAUUUUAGCUCAUUUGAAAAUGCUGAAAAGAAAAAUCGUAAUUAUGAAAUGUCCUCGUUUGAUGAAAAACAGGCCACAACUUUAUUAAAAGAAAGACCCAUAGAAUUUGUAAACUACAAUAAACAUCAAUUGUCCAGAGUGUAUCCUGCGGGCACACGUUUUGACAGUUCCAAUUUUAUGCCUCAGCUCUUUUGGAAUGCCGGUUGUCAAUUGGUGGCUUUGAAUUUUCAAACAUUAGACUUGGCAAUGCAGCUUAAUUUAGGAAUAUUCGAAUAUAAUGGCAGAUGUGGUUACUUACUAAAACCGGAAUUUAUGAGAAGAACAGAUCGCCGUUUAGAUCCAUUUGCCGAAAGCACGGUUGAUGGUAUUAUAGCUGGAUCUGUUUCCAUAACAGUUCUAUCGGGUCAAUUUCUUUCCGAUAAGAGAGUAGGCACAUAUGUGGAAGUCGAUAUGUUUGGUUUACCAGCAGAUACUGUACGAAAAAAAUUUCGUACUAAAAUUGUUCGUGACAAUGGUAUAAAUCCUAUAUACGAUGAAGAACCCUUCGUUUUUAAAAAAGUCGUUUUACCAGCAUUGGCUAGCAUACGUAUAGCAGCUUAUGAGGAAAAUGGUAAAUUCAUUGGGCAUCGAGUUUUGCCCGUCAUAGGUUUGCGUCCUGGCUACCGCCACCUUAGUUUGCGCACGGAAAUGGGUCAGGCUUUACCCUUAACAUCGCUGUUUUUAUGCAUAGUCGUAAAAGAUUAUGUUCCCGAUGACAUCGCUAUAUUUGCUGAAGCUUUGGCAAAUCCUAUUAAAUAUCAAAAUGAGCUAGAAAAACGUGACAAACAAUUGGCAGUUUUACAAGAAGAUACCGAACCUAUAACUGAAGAAGAUAUAACAAAUUCAUGUGGACAGAAGAAAGAACUGAAACCGGUAGAAUCGAAUACUAUAAGUCCAAAACAUAGAUCUAGUAUAACAGCGUCCGCUACUAUGAGCGUGGAAAUCUCGAAUGCUAGAGAUACCGCCGACUCAGCUAGUGCCACAAUGCAGAGCAUACAACAUCAACAUUCUCUCGAUUCGACGGCUCCAACAUCUGUCAGGCAAAUUGAGUCAUCCCAAUUUGACGUAGAAUCCUUAGCAGCUGAACCAUUGGAAAAAAUAUUAGAACAUAAAACGGUGCGCGAAAAACGCUUAGAAAUGGAAAAGAAAUUGGAAUCCUUACGGAAGAAACACGAUAAAGAAAAAGUGAAGAUUUGUGGGUCCAAGUUAAGUCCUAUGGACAGCAGUAAAAAGACUAAAUUUGCUAUAACCAAUAAACUGGUGAAACGUUUAAGCAAUAAAAACCUAAAUUGUUUAUUUGUCCACAGUGAAUCGACAACCGAAGUUCCACCCUGUGCCAUAGAUUUGGGAGAAAAUCAAGAGGAAUGUUCCGGAGAUACGAUGCAAAGUUUGGAGGGUACGGUAGAUGAAAGAUUGCUGAAUUCAUGUCGACAGUACAGUCAGCAAUAUCGAGAUUUGCAGAAAAAAUAUCAUGAAGCGAUUUAUGCCACAGCUGAGAAGGUCUUGCAAGCAUCUCAGGACAGUCAACUUAAACUUUUAAAGUCUUCUCUAGAUAAGGUAAAUAAUGAAGUGAUGCAUCAACUGCGAGAGGCCAGAAAGGUGGAGGUUAAAAAUUUGGCAUUGGUUCACAAAGAUAAAGAUGAAUUUGUGAGAAUGAAGCGGGAAGUAAGAAGAUCUGUGGUUGAGCGUGGUGUAGCCGAACGCACUCGGUUAAUGGACGUAUAUAAACAACGCAACGAGGAUUUACGAAAACAACAUGAUAUAGUUAAAAAUAACUUAAUGGAACAUAAGACAAUGGCCCGUCAAAUAGUUGAUAAAGAAUGUGAAUCUCGUACUUGUGUCACCACUAACGGUUUCUUGGUACUUUUUCAAAAUACCUCUGCCACCUCCACCUGUACUUCUUCUUCUUUAAGUAAUGAUCAUCACCAUCAUCUUUCCUUGGACAUUGGAUCAUCUUCUAAUAAAUUAGCACUAUCACCUGCCCGUUCAAAUAGCAGUAUAUCCAACAGUACGGCAGCUUGUUCUGCCUCAGCAACGACUGUGGCAUUGCCACAUAAAUGCUAAAAAAUCUUUAAGAGAGCAAAACAAACAAGUUUUAACGUAAUUUUAAAUAUAAACUAAUUAAAAAAACAGUAUUUAUUGUUGUGAAAAGAAAAAACAGACGACGAAAACAUUAAAUGGUGGAAUGUUAGUUGUAAAAUUUAUUUUAGAAAAUAGAAAAAAGUUAAAUAUAGUCAAAAUUAUUUAUAUUUUUAUAAGUUACUUUACACCAAAGACGUCACAUACAUAGACAAUGGGUUCAUAUCGAUCUCUUAUCUAAGACUUAAUAAAAAAUGUGUUAUCGUUGUAUAACUAACUGUUUUCAAAAGUAUAGGACAUAAACUAAGUUAAAAAAAAAAAACAAUAAUUAAGUUGAAGUACCAAGCAAUUUGUUAACAUGGAAGUUUUAUAGAAUUCUUUUUUGAUUUUAAAUAAAUAUGAUUUUUGGAAUUUUUGGGGCUUAAAUGGUUAAUGAGAACUUUUAAAAACGUAUUUUUUGUUAUAUAUUUGUGUUACAUUGCGAAUUAAUUUGAUAAAAUUACAUGGAAUAAGAAUAUUUCUGAAAUUUGUUUUUUUAGUCCAAUUCAAAAUAAAAUAAAUAAUAGAUUUAACUGUUAUAUUUUAUAUACAUUUUUUACUUAGCAUUGCUUAUAAAUCUUCAAACACAUUUACAUGCAUCUUUGGUGUAAAGUAAUUGGUGUAAGUAGUUGAACUUUAAAACGGUUGAGUAGCUUUUAUGUCGGUUUUAGAAAUAUAAAAUUUUACAUGCAGAAAUUAAGAUUUUACCAAAAUUUUGAUAAAACUGCUAAAACAGAAAAUCAUAAGAAACAAGUUGAAAAUUUAUUAUAUUUUUGAAGGCAAAAUGAUUAAAAAUUAAUAAAUUUUCUUUUUGUAAUAUAAAUGAAUGUACGUACUCAUAUGUAUCUGUAAUCUCCAAAAUUUGUUACCUUAUUGUUAAUAUUAUUAUGUAUAAGUAUUAAGUGGAAAAAUAUCACAAUAAUGAAAAACACUAUUUUUUGAAAAGUAGCAAUAACAAUUUUAAAGAUAAAUGUUCAUCUCACCAAUGUCUGGAUUAUCUUUUCUAGCUAUGGCCGGAUAAAGACAAACUUGACACUGAAUAAUAGGCCAUAAAAAACAUAAAACUUUAAAUGUUUCUACUAAGAUUAAAACUAAUUUAAAAACAUUUGGUUGUAUUUAUUUUUAGGAAAGUUUAAAAACAAAAAAUCAGAUCAUUUGAUUUUUAGUUUUAGAUUCAAACUGAGGGGCUUAGUAGAAUAGUUUGGUAAUCUACAAAACUAAAAUGUGGAAAAUUGUUUAUAUUACAUGCAAAUUUUAUGGAGUUAUUGUAUUUUAUCACGUUCCUACAGUAAGCCCUUCAUUUACAUAUAUUAUAUAAAACAUAACAAAAAAUAUAUAUAAAAAUGAAAACAAACUAGUCUCAUUUCCAAAACAGAAAGAAUCUCAGAUUAACUAGACGAUGAUGCUUCCCUUGUAGUUUUUGAUCAAAAAAGCAUUUUUUAAUUUAUGUUCAAUUAUAAAAUUUAAAAUUAUCUGUUAAACUAUAUAAAAUACUUUAAGUUAACCAUGAUAUACAAAAUUUAUUGAACUUUAAAAAAAUGUAUAUUAUAUUAUACACACUUUAAGAAAUUUGUGUAAUUGUAAAAAAAAUCUACUAAGUUGUUGUUAUUAUAUAAUUAAUUUAUUUAGUUUUUAGUUUAUUAUGUAUGUUUAUGUUUUUGAAUAUCCUGGUUUUAAAUAUAUAUCGUACAUUAGUACUGACAUACUUUUGCUAUACACAGGAGAACAAAACGAAAGACUGGAGAUUAUAAGAGAAAACCAUAAUGUUGUAAGUUACUGUGUAACUUUUGUUCAGUUGUAAAAUUAUAUUUUUUCGGAAAGUUUUCUACAGCAAAUUUUAUCGUACACAUGUACAGUUAGUUAUCUAUACAUUAACUUGCCUGUAUUGAAGUUCAACAAGUUAUGUGCACAAUUACAGUUAAAAGUAUGUGUAGAUCCUGAUUAUAUGAC